GCGAAGAAAGGAAUGUAAAGUGUGUGAGCAAUACGUAUUUUCCGCAAAUCUCCCGUGUUAAUUCCCGUGCCUUUGCAAUCUCUGUGAUCAUUCGCGUGACAGUGGGUGGAAAGGGGAAUGAUAGAGGCGCCCUGUGCGGAAAAAUGGACGUGGACGCUCCGGUGUGCGCGGGAUCUGUGAUAAUUCUGGCGCAGUCCAAGAAUCGCAUCUCAAAGAAGAAAUCCUCCAAUCAGAAGUACUGUCUGCUGUUCAAAGCCAGCCGCAAUGGCAUCGAGCGGCUGGAGAUCGCGGAUUCUGAGACUGACAAAAAUCCCCGGAUCGUCACAAUGGAGAAUUGCGUGAAGAUCACAUCGGAGGGACCGCCAGCCAAUCUCAUUCACGUCGUCACGAAGACGGAGAGCGUGACGCUGGGAACGCACACCGAGGACGAGCUAAAGAAGUGGUUGUCCGCCCUGCAGACUGUGGCCUUCAAGGAGAAAACCACCUGCGCCCUGGCUCGUGGCUCAGUCAUCGAGGAGGACAACGAUCUGUACUGCUCCUCUUACAGCGACGGCGUUUUCACGGUCAAGCUCAUCCCCUCUGACACCUCUAUUCGCUGUAACCUGCCCAUGAAGCCCUACCGCCUAGCCUUGACCGCUGUGGAGCUCCAGCUGCGCUCGUUCGAGGACGAGGCGUUCAUUGUGGCCAAGUGGCCGUAUCGCUUCAUCCGGAAGUACGGCUAUCGCGACGGCAACUUCACAUUCGAGGCGGGAAGGAAGUGCGAGACCGGCGAGGGCAUCUUUCGGCUGGAUCACGCCAAUCCACAGGAGAUUUUCCGGUGCAUGUCCAGCAAAAUGAAGAGCAUGAAGAAGCUGAUCAACGGAGAGAGUGUCUCGAGCUUGGAUUGCGGCGAGAGUCAGCUCAGCGCUGCGCUCUCUAUGGAGGCGGGUUCCAGGAGUCCUCUGCCGCCAUCGCCCAACCAGGCGCUAGUCCAGGACUCAGACAGUUCAUCCCUGCAGCAGAGCUUCGCGUCCAUUCGUGGCUUCAUCUCUUCCAACGAUUCCCUGAAUAACGUCUCCACGAGCAGUUCCAUCCCGCUUCUCAAGCACAUUCCGCACAAACCGCCAAGGAAAGGAUUGACCAUUGCUCUGCCCGGAGCGCCAGAGGAGCUGAGCAAGGACAAAUUUCGAAAUCUACCCAAUUACGAGCCAAUCUCUGUGCCAAUUCGGGAAGCCGCCGCCCUGGAGGCCACCGAGGCAGUCACGCAGCCUGUCUCAGCGCCGGAACGCGAUUAUGAGAGCAUCGAGACGAUCACAGACGCGUGGCGGACGCUGGGCAUAGAUGAGGUUAAGCACACCGAGCAGAUUCACACACCGGAAGAGGAUCUGAUUGAGUUUGUGCGGACGAGCGCUAAGGUGACGAGGCCCAGCCUGGUUCUCGCUUCUCCCGAGCCAAAUAAUCCAGACUCCGAGAGCGCCGAUCACGAUGAUUAUGAUCGUUUGGAGUUCUUCCGGAGCAACACCAAGAUUUCCGCUACCUACAAGACAGUGAUUCCAAUCAUUCCGCCCACGCCGCCGCCUUCCAAGCCGCGCACCGACGAUUACGAGAUCGUGGGGAAUCCGGACACUCAAGCGUGCCGCCUCGCGGACGACAGCUACAUGGGGUACGGCGUCCUGCGCAAACCAGCGGACCAGGCGCGACUCGAGACGCCAGAGCUGGGCCACCAGAAGUACAACGGCCUGGACUAUGCGAUCGUGAGCAAGCCCAAGAGGGUGUGACUUCCUCCGCCACCAAAGACAUGUCGCCAUACAUUCCCCGCGGACUCACAAGUGCCUUCCCUGCGCGCCAGGGUCUUCACGCGUUGCCAUAACACGAGAGGAACGACAACGAGCAAUCUCGAUUGGAGGACGACUUCGGAUUAAGUAUCGCCGGAUUGUACUUAAUCUAGAUGUAUCUCUUUUGUAUAUAAUCUCACAUAUUUUAAUAAAAUCUUUUAAAUAUUCAUCCUGCGAAAGAUCGCUA